AUGGAUGCUGUUAUCAGUGCCACCAUUCAAACAUCAGUGGAAAAGUUGCUUGCAUCCGCCACUUCAGAGUUGAGUUUGCUAUGGAAUUUCAAGAAAGACUUAAGAAAGUUAGGCAGAUCAUUGAAAAUGAUGGAUCUUGUCUUACAAGAUGCUGAGAAACGUGAAGUUACCGAUGAGAAUGUCAAACUUUGGCUCAAGAACCUUCGAGAUGUUACUUACGAUGCUGAUCAUGUCUUGGAUGAGAUCAAUUAUGAAAAUAUGCGUCAUAUGGUGGAGAUCCAAAGGCAGACUAUGAUGAGGGGGUGCUUAAACAUAUUUUCCUUUACUCCUACUUUAGCGUUCCGAUGGAGAAUGGCUCGCAGGAUCAAGGACAUCAACGUCGACUUGAAAAUGAUCGCAGAUGAAGCUAAUACCUAUGGUUUCCAGAAAGUUGAGAAUUAUGCUCUCACUGUGCCUCGGGUUAAGGAAACCGAUAGCAUAACUGUUGAUUCAAAUGUCGUCGGAAGACAAGAUGAUGAAGCAGAAAUUUUGAAGCUGAUAAUCAACACAGACGACUUAGUUAUUUCAGUCCUUCCCAUAGUUGGAAUGGGAGGGCUUGGCAAGACAACCUUAGCUCGGUCAGUCUUCAAACACCAGCACACGGAGAGUCAUUUCGCUAUUAGGAUUUGGGUAUGCGUUUCUGAAAAUUUUGACGUGAUGAUGCUUUUUAAAAGGAUUCUAGAGUCCUUAGGAGAAAGUUUUCAAGGAGCCAGCAGGCAAGCUAUUGUGGAUAGGCUUCGAGAGAAAUUGAAAGACAAAAGAUACUUGCUC